UAGCUAGGAUAUGUCUAAUAAGACAAUGUUUUAGACGUAGAUAUCUUUGGGUUUACAUUCCAUCACCAGUACAAAUGUUCAACUCUACAAACAAUUGUACUUUUAUUAAAAUAUCAACCACAAUAUAUUUUUUAAGAUUUCUCACCACCUCAAUUCUCAAACUUCAUUUUAACAUAUAAAACAAGGCCUAUGUUUUUUAGUAUAAUAAUUUUAUGUCUUUUAAUUCUAUGGUUUAUUGUAAUAUAUAUAGUGAUAAAGAUUCAACAAGCAACCAUACCCACACCAUAUAUACUCUAAUAAUAACAAAAACAUUCCAUUAAAAUGUUAGAAUCUAGCUAGGACAAUAUAUAUAUCGUCUUCUUCAUCACUACUUAUAUUCUUUAUAUAAAACAACAUGAACCCAUAACCAUUUUUAUAUACCUUAAGCUAUAAUAACAAUCAAAAUUUUCCUCUCAAAAACCCCACUAAUAUUUUUAUCAAACAUUUAAAAAAUAUGUUUGCUAGAAAAAUGUUGUUGCAUUCCCCAUUGCAUGAUCCAACACCAGCACAACCACCACUAGGCCACCAGUUCAACUCCGCUACGACGAAAAUAGACACAUCUGAGUCCUUUGAUUUUAAUAAUAUAAUGACUUAUUGUUUUUCAGGGUUUUUAUGCUUGUUAGUAUUCUCUAUUUGUAUUAGGUGUAUGUUUAAGUGCUUAAUUUGGAUUACUAAUCAAAUAGAUGAGGCUAAUAACCUAAAUAAUAAGGUGGUUGUUAGAAAUGGUGUGGAUAAAAGGGCAUUAAAUUCAAUUCCAAAAGUGAAAUACUCAGAGAAAAUGAAGAAGGAGAUUGAAGGGUUUAUUAUAAGUACAGAAUGUGUAAUAUGUUUGUAUGAAUUCAAAGAAGGAGAAAGAGUGAGGAUUUUGCCAAAGUGUAAUCAUAGUUUUCAUGUUAAGUGUAUUGAUUUGUGGCUUAAGUCUCAUUCUUCUUGCCCUACUUGUAGGCAGUCUUUGGUUGACACUUGUCAGAUACUCAUUGGAUCUCAUUGUGAUGAUCAUACUUUAUCAUCAUCAUCAUCAUUAUCAUUAGUAUCAGCAUCAACAUCAUCAACUUCAGUAUCAGCAUCCGCAUCCGCAUCAGCAUCAGCAUCUUCUAGGGAGUUGAAUGGUGAUAAUAUUGAGCCACUUGAAAGGGAAGAUUUUGUUAGGAUUUAAUCCCUCCGUUUUAAUUAGAAUAUUUACAAUAACUACCAGUAAAUACACUGAAUAUGACGAUAAUAAUGAUAAAGUGCUAUUCAAAAUAUAUGAGUCAAUUCCGUCACACGUGGACAGUACCAAGGGAUUUAUUUUUUGCUCAUGAUGAGAAUCAUUUUCGUGAAUUGGCUACAUUUCCUAUAAAAAAACUCUAUGUAAGAACUUAUUAUUAGGGAUUAGUCUAUGAGCUAAUUAAUUAUGGCUAGGAACCAAGGAUGAAUAUUUGUUUUCAAGUUUCCUAGCUAGCUUUGUUGUCUUACAUACAGAACAUAAUACAUGUUUAUAUUUUUCUAAUUAUUUUAUCAUGUUCAAAUAAUAGAAACAACUAA